UUUUGAAAUUUUGACGCAUCGUAGAUUUUUUCAGGUAAUGUUAACACAGUGCAUACUUUAGCGCUAUUUUCAUUGGAAGACAAAAUCAAGAUUUUUGGUUAUAUUUUCGUCCGUGAUGCUUUUCAAAUUCCCUGUUCCUUUACUGUGGAAUUAGAAAACUAUGUUGAAGCAUUCCACUGAACAUUUUUACGCGUGUAUUGUUACGUUAUCAUAUGAAUGUAGUUUUUAGUACACCAACUGCAGUAUUGCUUAUCUGUUGUAAGUAGCAAGAAGUUUAUUGUUUUUAGUUCACCUAACUAGCGUGUGUGUAUGAGAAUUAUGAACUUCACUACUUAGGUUCAAGAUUGUUAGUACCGUCAUAAAAAACCAAUAUUAACCUAGAAAUCAUUUUACUUUUACGAUGCCAGUCAGCAUUACAUCUGAUUUGCCCCAUUCACUAGUCAGAGAAUGUAUUGACUGUAGCGGUGUUCCUCAGCAAUUAAGUACAUAUAUAGCCUUUUUAAUCCACUGGUGAUACUAGGCUAAGCUCAUGUUCAAAUGCUUUUUAGAAUAACACUGAUAUGAGCAGAACAUCAGAGUCACAUGAGCUGAAUUCAUGUUCGGCGACUUCAAAAGAAGAUUAUUUUUCAGACACACUACAAGAUGCUCCAACUAUGAAUGAUUUUGUUCAAUCAAAAGAAAUUUCUCAUUCAUUAACUAUUGAUAAUACUGUUGAAAAUAAUGAAUAUGUUCUUCAUGAAAAGAACGAAGUAACUAAGGCAAACGAUGUAUUUCCUAGGGAUGAUUAUGAAUUCCUAGGAUUAUUAGAACAACAAAUCACCAAUAAAAAAACUCGAAUAAAUUCUUCAAAUCUCAAUAAUUCAAUCAUGUUAAAUUUUGAUCCGUUAAUGAAUGUCUCAGAAAAUUAUGCUUCCCCACAGCUUUGUAAAUCAAUCGAUCAACUUUCUGAACAGCUAAUCACGACAACUCCUGAAUCGUCUAAUAAUAAUAGUACAAUCAACGCAUCAUAUUAUAAUCGUACAGGUCAUUUAAUAAGUCCUAUUGGUAAUGAAGAAUUGAUUAACAUUGCUACAGCGUCACCUUCAGUGAUAACAACAACAACAACGUCAUCGUCAAUACCGACAACUGAAUCAACCGUGGCAUCUCUCUCACCUUAUGUUAAUAUUGAUAAGUUUAAUUCACCUUGUGAUGAUGUAAUUCAGUGUAUUACAACUACAGUUCCUGUUAAAACAAAUUGUUCUACAGUUGUUGAAUUACCCAGUUCAUCUUCUUCUAUAAUUACGAACAAAUCUUCUACAACUGGCGUAGCUAUCACAGCAAUUGCAAACACUACCACUUUCUAUUCACCAUGGAGACAUCGUAGUGUCCUAAAUCAAGCUUUAGGUGGAGGGGUUGGUGAUGAUGAUGAUGGAGGAGGAGGAAACAGUUCACCGGAAUGGUCAUCUUUUUCAAUACCCAAUGACAAUAAAUUGCACGAAAUGAGUAUAAUACAACAAGGUCAACCGAAUACAAUCAUGAUAACAGAAGAAUAUGAAUCUACUACAAGAAAGAUUAAAGAGAAUUCUAUUCAUAAAACAACAAACCAUUCAGAGCUAGAUCUUCUUGUCAAUAUGUUAGAUCGUGUUGAAAUGAAAGAUGAUACGAUGCAAGAAAAUGAUAAAUCAACAAUUGUAACACAAAUUAUUCGAGAUUGUAAUUUGGCUAUGAAUGAAUAUAAAACUCCAGAAAUUCAAUCUUCUAAAUCUGUUACUCCAUCUUUAACAUUUAAUAUAAGAAAAUCUGAAAAUCUAUUAAACAAUAAGAAAUUAAUUGAUACACCAAAAACAUCAAAUUUGACAUCAACACCAUUUCUUUUUAAUAAUCAAUAUGUAUACCGGAAGAAUUUCAACAAAUGA